AUCUUUGCUUAGGACAGGGUGACAGAGUAGGCGGAAAGCGGAAUCUUAAAAUAGAUUAUGAAAUACUGCUUAAGGGGUUGACAGAUAGAUGUGUGGACAACCAGAGCGGCACGCAGUAAGCAGAGAUUUCAUACGGCAUAAAGGAAUAAACUCUGGCAGUUAUCUACGGAAAAGGUCGCUCACCAAAGAACAACACAGAAAUAUGACAACUACCAAUCCGGCAGAUACGAUAACCUUGAAGCUCAUCUUAGUGAGUGGUAAGACAAAAGAGUUCCCCUUCUCACCCAGCAACUCUGCAGCGGAUAUUGCCAAGCAUGUGUACAACCACUGGCCAAUGGACUGGGAAGAGGAACAAGUCAGCAGUCCAAAUAUACUGAGGCUCAUCUACCAGGGGAGGUUUCUGCAUGGAAAUGUAACACUGGGAGCAUUAAAACUACCCCUUGGCAAGAUAACAGUGAUGCAUCUAGUGGCCAGAGAGACGCUACCAGAGCCAAACUCCCAAGGUCAAAGGAAUCGUGAGAAGACUAGAGAAAGCAACUGCUGUGUAAUCCUGUGAACAUUCCCAGCCUCGUCUGCCACCUGGGGUGGAACACAGUCUGUCUUUCAUGCUGCUGAAGUAGAUGCCUGGGAGGCCCUGGAGAGUGCACGAAAAUAAUUUUGCUGGGGGCAACGGGAGAAAUCAGGGAGGUGAAUGAGAUGUGGUUAAUUUCAGAUUUGUGUUUCAGACUGUAGUCUCCCUCCUCAUCCAUUCAUUCUUGAAGGACAAACAGAUGCAUUCAAGUAUUCAGACUGACUCUGGUGGUCCAGUUCGGCUGCCCAUGGCAGAGAUUCACUUCCUCUGUUCUGUAACAUUUACAGUACCCAGCUGCUCCUAGCUCCACCUAGAGACAGUUCUGAAGACUGACACCUCACCCACAGGGAGCAGUGGUGCAGACUAUGAAGUUGUAAAGGCUGAUUUAUACUUGAUUCAUACAGCGUGGAAUCUACUCCAUUGGCAGCCACGUACCCUGCGCCGUAGUAUGACGCUUCUAGUUACAUUUCUGUGGAGGUGCAGGUCAGGCUAAGGUAUAGGCUACAGCAUGAGCUAUCCGGCUAUGCCAUACCCUUGCCAUACUAACAGCAUAGGUUUUGCACAAAAGUAUAAAUCAGCAUUAAGGCUUAGCAUGCACCCAUAGGGAUGCAAUAUGAAGGGAUGCAGGUGGGUGUUAUACAUCCAGAACAUCAUUUGUGUGCACAAUUUAACCACUAAAAACACUAAACUUGUUAUUCAGGACUGUUUCAAACUAUGUGACUAAACUUUUAUUGUGCCUCUAGUCUGGAUUCAGUCUGCAAGGCAACUGACAAACAUGUAAGGCGUUUUUUUCGGGAAGAUGAGUUUCCUAUAUUUAUGUGUAAAUCACAGGAAAAUUGACAAACUGGAGUUAAUUUCCUAGCCUUAGAUUUUAUUAAAUCACUGGGUUCUUUUAUUAACCGACAAAGAGCAUCAACAUGUUAUUCUGUGAUUCUUUUUUUAUUUUUACUUGUCUUGGUAUUUGUCUUAACUUCUGUGUGUCAAUUUGCACAGCUGUGCAGAAGCAUGAAUUAUUUCAUAUAAAGUUGAAAAAAGGAUUUUGUUUUUAAUGUUUUCCUUUAAGAGUUAUUUUUUGGAAACUAGGGAUAUGUGUACAGUAUCUUUAAUGUUAAUGUUAUACAAAAAUAUGCUCAUACAUGGAUAUUACUUGGAUAUAGUGAUGUUCAGUGUAAUAUGGUCUAUAUAAUUACUAGUAGCAGUAUCAGAUGAUCCCAACUCUUGAUGACAAUGCUGUGUACCUUACAACUAAAUCCUAAUUCAAUUUAUAUGAAGUAUCUAAUCUGUAUUUUUCUUUACCUUAAAAUGGUCAGAAAACAUCUAAUAUUAUUAAUAGCACAUUUCUGUGGUUAUUGCUUUAAUAAAAUGCAAUAUAAUGCAGUAUUAGCUCUUUACAAAUAUUGUUCAUAUUGAUCAGUAUUCAGAAGAGUUUUUUGAUUGUAUAUAGCAUUGCAUUUUUCUUCAAAAUGAGUAGAAUAAAUCUUUAAACUAAAUAAAUAACAAUGAAUAAU